CACUUGUAAAAAAAACAUUAUUAUUUUUUGGGACACAUCGUUUUAAUAUGAACGACUCGAACUUUUUUUCCCCCUCUCGCAAUCUACAAUCGUUUAGUUAAUACGAAUUAUAAUACACAAUGUCAUCUGUCUAAUUACGGUGGGGAAGUAGAGUACACUGAUCAUUGAUUCAUUGCUAUUCUGUGUGUACUGUGCUUAUGUCCCCUUUGAAUGUUGGUCUCUAUUUUAUCCAUUUCUCUUUCCAUCCAGCGACUGGGAAAUAGUGCUCCAGAGUCCAGCCAUACUGUCAAAAAAAAAUCCCUAAAAUUGGCAAAAACGUUGAGAAUUCGACAUAGAAGAUCCGAUUUCUGUCGACUCGAGAUGGAGCCACUCUGUUUUUUUCUCUGGGUUGGCACAACAUCACUAUCCCGUUUUCAUUCCGAAACAACCCAUCAGGCAAUCAUGUGUUGUGGGUUUUUUUUCUUCUGUCGCGGCCAUCAUCCGCCAUAGCCAAUGGCGCAGAUAGAUAGCAGUAAGGAGGAGGAGUCAACGAAGGAGAGAGGGAGAGUUGCCAGGUGGGUAGAUUCACCGCCAGUCAUAGUUGGUAAUGGGCAUUGAAUUUUCGGAUUUAGUGUGUGUAGUACUACUAAUACUAAAGCUAGUACAUCAUUUUUUUUUCUCCCCGUCCGUUAAGUUUGGCUAACUCUGUACUGCUAAACAACUUUUGCAGUACAACAUUGAUGAUGGUCAGUUGGUCACUAAUCUGCUUUUUUUUUCUGGGCUGUGGGUUAAUGCUCUGCUUUGGUGGAUUGGUUGGAAGUCGACGUUUGACAAUCGCCCCCACACACCCACCUCGUCUGCCUGUCGGGUAUAAAUCACCAUCUCCAGAUUCCUUCCGUCUUUCUGUGUUCACCACAUUUAGUUCUGGAUUCAAUGCCUGUAUCUUCUGUGAGGUUUGCCUUGCUGAAAUUGAGUCUAUUGUGGUGAAGGGUUGCCACAAGGAAGAGCUGAAUCCGAGCAAGUAUUCGUCUUUCUUCCUUGUGAUAGUUGAUUACAUUACAUCAAGUUGGAAUGGUUUUGUCUGUUUUCAAAAUAAGGCCAAGAAUAUAACAGACAGGAUAGGAGUAGGGAAGAAAAAUCCAAGCCAGGAAGAAAACGAAAGCUGGAUUCUUGAUUUGGGUAAUGCACUACUACACCUCCAUGUUACUUGCGGUUGAUUGGUCUGAAAGAAGAAAACAAAAGAGUGAAACAGAAUUGGGUCUGAUUUCGCUGUCAAUUGAUUAUUGAUUGUUUGUCUGUACUAUAUAGGCAAAGAGAAGAAGUGAGGGAGCUAGCAGUCUUCUGAGCAAUGAGUCAAGUGGGGGAUAUGGGCAGUAAUGGGGAGGAAAUGAAGGAGAUUCAAAGGCGGGAAACAGAUGAAGCAAGUGAGAACAUUAUGGAUAAAGACAAAGUUGAGGUUGCUGCUGCUGCAUCAGCAGUAGGGGAGGAAGAAGAGGAAGUGAAGAGGGUUGUUCCCUGGACGAAACAGAUCACGAUCAGAGGGAUGGUGGCCAGCCUUGCAAUUGGGUUUAUUUACAGCGUGAUUGUGAUGAAGCUGAACCUCACAACUGGGUUAGUCCCAAACUUCAAUGUCUCGGCAGCUCUGCUUGCGUUUGUGUUUGUGAAGUCGUGGACCAAGUUCCUGAAGAAGGCUGGGUUUGUCUCCAAACCCUUUACGAGACAGGAGAACACCUUGAUUCAGACAUGUGCUGUUGCUUGUUACAGCAUUUCUCUUGCAGGUGGGUUUGGGUCUUAUCUUUUGGGUUUGAAUAGGAAGACCUAUGAGCAAGCUGGGGUUAACUCGGAGGGCAAUAAUCCUAGGAGUGUAAAGGAACCUGGGAUUGGCUGGAUGACUGGUUUCCUCUUUAUAAGCAGCUUUGUUGGGUUACUUGCUCUGGUUCCCCUAAGGAAGAUCAUGAUAAUCGACUACAAACUGACAUAUCCGAGUGGAACUGCUACUGCAGUUCUUAUUAAUGGAUUUCAUACACCUAAGGGAGACAAGAUGGCCAAGAAGCAGGUUCAGGGGUUCUUGAGGUUCUUUUCUUUGAGCUUCAUUUGGGCAUUCUUUCAAUGGUUCUACACCGGUGCACCCAAAUCCGAAAUCCAUUGUGGUUUUGUUCAGUUCCCCACCCUCGGAUUGGUUGCUUUUAAGAACACGUUUUACUUUGAUUUUAGCUCGACAUACAUUGGAGCAGGAAUGAUUUGCUCUCAUCUUGUUAAUUUGUCGUUGCUCUUUGGCUCCGUGCUUUCUUAUGGUGUGAUGUGGCCACUGAUCGGGAGACUCGAAGGAAAGUGGUUUCCUUCAGGAUUGCCAAAAAGUAGUAUGAAGGGCCCCAAUGGUUACAAGGUGUUCAUUUCUAUUGCUAUGAUACUGGGAGACGGGCUGUACAAUUUCCUCAAGAUACUCUAUUUCACAGCUACCAGCAUUGUUACAAGUGCAAGAACAAGAAGAAAUGUCCGAACCCGUCCCGAGAAUCAGAACCAACCUCCAAUCGAUGACCUCCAAAGAAAUGAAAUAUUUGUGAGGGACACAAUUCCAAUUUGGGUAGCCUGCAUAGGCUAUCUCGCCUUCUCCAUCAUCUCCAUCAUAGUGAUCCCUCUCAUGUUCCCCGAACUCAAAUGGUACUACGUUGUGGUUGCCUACGUUCUCGCCCCUUCCCUCAGCUUCUGCAAUGCAUAUGGUGCAGGGCUAACAGACAUGAACAUGGGCUACAACUAUGGCAAAGUAGCCCUCUUCAUCCUAGCAGCAAUAUCAGGGAAGGAAAAUGGUGUCGUUGCAGGGCUCGUAGGGUGUGGGCUUAUCAAGUCAAUCGUCUCCAUCUCUUCAGAUCUGAUGCAUGAUUUCAAGACAGGUCAUCUCACUCUAACAUCCCCCCGUUCCAUGCUUCUCAGCCAAGCAAUUGGCACAGCCAUUGGCUGUGUCGUAGCUCCACUCACGUUCUUUCUAUUCUACAAGGCAUUCGAUGUUGGAAACCUUGAAGGCGAGUACAAGGCCCCCUUUGCUCUCAUCUACAGGAACAUGGCGAUUCUUGGAGUGGAAGGCUUCUCCGCCCUUCCCAAGCACUGUCUGCAGUUAUGCUAUGGGUUCUUCGCGUUUGCCAUAGUGGCCAACCUUUCGAGAGACUUGCUGCCGAAGAAAGUGGGGAAGUGGGUUCCAUUGCCCAUGGCAAUGGCUGUGCCUUUCUUUGUCGGGGCGUACUUUGCCAUUGACAUGUGUGUGGGGAGCUUGGUUGUUUUCAUGUGGCACAAGUUGGAUAGCAGGAAAGCUAGGUUGAUGGUUCCAGCAGUGGCUUCUGGGUUGAUAUGUGGAGAUGGUUUGUGGAUUCUGCCUGCUUCGAUUCUUGCAUUGGCCAAAGUGACUCCUCCAAUUUGUAUGGGUUUCUUCGCUAGCAAAUAAGGUUUUGGAGAUAGGGGAAGGGUGAGAGUAAUAUGAAAGGUGGAACUGGUGAUUUAGUUGUAAUGAGAAGAUAGAGGGUCAGGUGAAAAUUGGAUCAUUAUAGAGAUAAAGAUAGAACUUUGAGCAAUUAGGAUGCAUAGUAUAAUAGUAUGCUUGAGGUUUUCUCACCAGCACAGUUGAAAAUAGUAAGUUAUUAGAUGAAGAAAAAUGUAUGAAGUUUCAAAGUUGAUACAGAGAGCUUUGUAGGGUUCAAUUCUGGUAUCUGGAUUCUGUUCUUAUGUUUGAUUCUCAACUUUGACCAUAUCGCUUGCUCUGUGUUUGUCAAGGAGCAAAUGGAAGAGCUUAGCCCGCAAUUAAAUAUUGCUGUAGUUCACAGGCAACUGGCACAUUGUCUUAUUUCCAAAUUCCAACGAGUGUGAAUAUUAUACUUCCAUAAAAAAAGACAUUGUAUUUCCAAGGAGUGACAAAUCAAUGACCAUAUCCAUUGGGAACCCAAAUUGCAAAUGUAAGAUGGAUUGUUGUCAGUUGUCACCAAUGUUUUAGGUCAAAACCCACUUAUUUUUUUAUUACUAAUUGUUGUUCUAACUUGUUACAAAUCGUGUAACACAUACUUUAUGUAAUUCUAUUCGAAAAUCGUUUGACUUUAUAAUAGACAUCGGAUAAAGAUUAUACAUCAUAAUUCUAAGGUGUAUAACUUAAAAUAUAAGGAUAGCUAAUGAAUCGGCACGCUUCUAACUUACACAGUUACGUUAGUGAUGAGUGACGUAAAGCACGCGGAGUGACUUAAACUUCGGAGAGCUCGACAUCCAAUAAUUCAGUAGACCGGUACUCAUAAUCUUCGUCCAUAUGAUUAGACGGUGGCGUCUUUGGUGCACUCAUUUUUUUGGGUGCAUUCAGUGCACUCACUUCAUAAUCGUCAUUUUAAACAUGUGAUUUAUGUCAAAAUUAUGUCAUUCAUCACUUAUGAUGUGAUGAACAAUAACGCACAUGAAUUUUCACAAAAAUCAUUGUAGAUUUACUUUAAUUUGAAGAAUUUAGAGUUUAGAGAUUUAGGGUUAGGGUUAGGGUUUACAGUUUGGGGUUUAGGGAUAGAACUCAAAAUUGGAGGUCUAGGGCUUAGGGUAAUCCAGUAAUUAGUUGUUAUCAUUUGUUAUAUCAUCAUAUUACACUAAUUCUACAAAUUAAAAUUCAAAAUCCGACACCUUAAUACUAGUUUUUGAGUUGGGUGCAUUGAGUGCACUCAUUUUUGUGAGUGCACCGAAGUAGUCACCAUGAUUAGACCUAUGCAUUACCACCAACACUAGCAACAGAGACUUGUAUGUGCAUUACGUAACUCAAACGGUAGAGUGCUCGAUUGUCAUGCUUCCAACAAUUUUCGGAGUUUCCGCGCCAACCGGUACAGUCGGUCAAGAAAUGGCAACCUAGCCGGUCCCCACCAUCUAACCCGGCCGGCCAACCAACCACGCAACAACUACCGAACCAAACCGGUUACUUAAUUUCCUCUUUCAUUAUACCCAAGAUUGCCCCCUCAUUCCUGUGGGCCGUUUGGGCGGCCAGUCGAGGGCAUCUCGUAAAUAAAGUCAAAAGUGAAGG